CCAAGAAAUUUUAAAAAACGAAAAUAUUAUGUUACUUAACAUAUGACGACACUUAUAACCCUUCAGUCUAACAGGUCAAUUCUUCUCAUUCGAGGGUCAAAUCUUAAUCUUAAUCUUAUUUUCUUUUCGUUUGUUUGAAAAGGCCGCCGAUUCCAGGGUCAAAAAACACAAACUAUCGACAAACGAUCAUCAGUACAGUAGGGGUUGGGUUUAGGGUUUUAGUUAAUGAUGGGUUUAGGGGUGGAAGCUAAGAAGUUCGAUGUGAAGAAGCUACUCAAGGACAAGAAAUUCUGGUUUGCAUCUGCCCUCGUUACUUGGGCAGCUGCUCUCCAGGGUCACAUGAUGUGGUUACAGAGGCAAGACUCCUUCAAGCAGAAGUUUGGAACCCUAGACCAAGAUAACGAUCAGAAUUUUGGAACCCUAGACCAAGAUAACUAUCAAAAGGACUCAUAGAGGGUCAAACCUCACAUGACUGUUCAAAAACUUGUAAGAGUUACUUGAUUUUAUGAUGCGUUAUGAACUCGAUUGUUGAAAUUUGAAAUUAAUUUUUAAAGAAGGUAAAUAUAUGUUUGGGUUGACCCAAAGUUUUUAUAU